AUGAGGACACCAGAUCUGAGAGUUUCCUCCUGCAGGGAUUCACCGAUCCAACACCUGAUCCAACAUUCAGUCCAACAUCUGAUCCAACACCUGAUCCAACAUCUGAUCCAACAUCUGAUCCAACAUUCAGUCCAACAUCUGAUCCAACACCUGAUCCAACACCUGAUCCAACAUCCGAUCCAACAUCUGAUCCAACAUCUGAUCCAACAUUCAGUCCAACAUCUGAUCCAACACCUGAUCCAACACCUGAUCCAACAUCUGAUCCAACAUCUGAUCCAACAUUCAGUCCAACAUCUGAUCCAACACCUGAUCCAACACCUGAUCCAACAUCUGAUCCAACAUCUGAUCCAACAUUCAGUCCAACAUCUGAUCCAACACCUGAUCCAACACCUGAUCCAACAUCUGAUCCAACAUCUGAUCCAACAUUUGAUCCAACACCUGAUCCAAGAUCUGAUCCAACACCUGAUCCAACAUCUGAUCCAACAUCUGAUACAACAUCUGAUCCAACAUCUGAUCCAACAUUCAGUCCAACAUCUGAUCCAACAUCUGAUCCAACACCUGAUCCAACAUCUGAUCCAACAUCUGAUCCAACAUCCGAUACAACAUCUGAUACAACAUUCAGUCCAACAUCUGAUCCAACACCUGAUCCAACAUCUGAUCCAACAUCUGAUCCAACAUCUGAUCCAACAUCUGAUCCAACAUCCGAUACAACAUCUGAUACAACAUCCAGUCCAACAUCUGAUCCAACAUUCAGUCCAACAUCUGAUCCAACAUCUGAUCCAACAUCUGAUCCAACAUCCGAUCCAACAUCUGAUCUAACAUCUGAUCCAACAUUCAGUCCAACAUCUGAUCCAACAUCUGAUCCAGCAUCUGAUCCAACAUCCGAUCCAACAUCUGAUCUAACAUCUGAUCCAACAUUCAGUCCAACAUCUGAUCCAACAUUCAGUCCAACACCUGAUCUAACAUCUGAUCCAACAUCCGAUCCAACAUCUGAUCCAACAUCUGCUCCAACACCUGAUCCAACAUGUGGUUCAACAUCUGAUCCAAUUGAAGCGUCCAAACACCAAUCAUACAGCAGCAGCUCUGAACAUCUCACUGCUCAGCUCGGUUUCAGUUUCAGUUUUCUCAUGUUUAGCUGCAGCUUGAUCUAGGUUUUCAAGAUUGAUUUUUAAGGUUAACUACAGAAACGGAUGACUUAAUGCCAAGCUGUCUGUGGUUUAACCUGCUAGGUCUCCAUGGUAACUGAUGCUGUGGAGUUAGAUCUCCAUGGUAACUGAUGCUGUGGACCUAGAUCUCCAUGGUAACUGAUGCUUUGGGGCUAGAUCCCCAUGGUAACUGAUGAUGUGGUGCUAGAUCUCCAUGGUAACUGAUGCUGUGGGGCUGGAUCCUCAUGGUAACUGAUGAUGUGGUGCUAGAUCUCCAUGGAA